AUGCACUGGAAAGUAACAACAACACUUAUCUGUGCAUAUGGAAUUGUGAAGGAAUUUCGACCUGCAACACCUUUUCUUACUCCAUAUCUUGUUUCAUCGUUUAAAAAUUUCACGGAUGUAGAAUUAUACAGUGAAAUUUAUCCUUUUUGGACCUACGCUUAUCUUUUUGCCUUAGUGCCUAUAUUUUUCUUGACUGAUAUUUUGCGCUACAAACCAAUUGUGAUGUUGGAAGCUUUUUCUUUGUGUGGAACUUGGGCACUGUUGCUAUGGGGCCAGACUUUGUGGCAGAUGCAAGUAAUGCAAAUAAUUUUUGGGAUAUCUUCUGCUUCCGAAAUAGCCUAUUUUUCUUACAUGUAUGCUGUGGUUGAUCAAAAACGGUACAAGCUAGUAACUUCGUACAUAAGGGCUGCUGCUCUAGUUGGGAAAUUUUUUGCUUUUGGUCUUUCUCAGUUUCUCAUAUCAUUUGAAUACGGAUCAUAUCUGUCAUUAAAUCAGAUAUCUUUCGGUUCCGUUUGUACUGUUCUUGUUAUCGCUGCUUUUCUGCCACCAAUACCUUCAAAAAUAAUCAAGAAUAAGAUUGAAAAUGAAAACAGUGGAUUGAAAAUUUAUGGGAUUUCGAGAAAAUAUGAAGAUGAGACAUCGAAGGAAGAAGAUUCUGAGGAAAAAAGAGCUUUAGAUGCAAAACCGCUUAAUAUCGAUUAUGGGCUUUCUGCUUACUUUCGCGCAGUUUGGUAUCACAUGAAAAUUUUCAAACGAGAUAGGGCUGUUUUGAAAUGGAGUAUUUGGUGGGCUCUUGCUAGCUGUGGUAUCUUCCAGGUUAUGAACUAUGUACAAACAUUGUGGGCUACAAUGCAAACAAGUUCUGAUACUUAUAAUGGCCUCACAGAAUGUGCAAAUACACUUAUUGGAGCUCUGAUUAGCUUUGUGGUGCAGUAUAUCAAUGUAAAUUGGAUUGCUUAUGGUGAACAUAUACUUUUUGUUACAUCAGCAGUAAUUGCAAUUUUACUUAUUGUAUUAUCAUAUACAAAAAUGGUCCAUAUUUCAUACGUAGUGUACAUCGUAAUUAUAACGAUUUACAAUUUUCUUAUAACUGUUGCGAGUUCCAAUAUAGCAACAAAGCUAGAUUCUGCAAGCUACGGACUCAUAUUUGGAUGGAAUACUUUCUCGGCAUUAGUUUUGCAAGCUCUUCUUACAUUAGCAGUUGCAGACAAACAUGGAUUUUCGUUAUCAAUCCGGGACCAGAAGCAAGCAGAUACGGCUACAUUUCAGUUUUUCGUUUAUGGGUGUUAUUUUGUCGUAGUUGGUUUGAUAUUUGCUGCAGCAAUAACAUACAAGUCUGUAAAAUACGAAUGUUGUCGGUCUUCGCAUCGAGAAACAGCUCCUGUAGAUCGUCAUAUCUCUUCACCUACAUCUGUUAGCUAA